CCGAGGUGGCGUUCAACUCGCCGCCAUGUGGACGACGCUGACAUGCCUGCUUUCGUUCACCUUCUUGUCUGUGUUGGCGUCGCCGACGCAGUCUCCACGUCCUCUAGUCAUAUGGCACGGACUUGGCGACUCACAUUCGUCUCCUGGGAUGGUUGAUUUCCAGGACCUCAUCAAGGAGGUGCAUCCAGGAAUCUUCAUCCAUUCUGUACGGAUAGAGGAGGCACUCGACAAGGACCGCGAGGCCGGAUUCCACGGCAACGUCAACGCACAGCUGGGGCUCGUCGCGGACGAGUUAUCUGCCAUCCCAGAGCUAGAGGAUGGAUUCGACGCCAUCGGCUUCUCGCAGGGCGGACAAUUCCUCCGCGCCUAUGUGGAAAGAUACAACUCCCCUCCCACGUACAACUUGAUCACCUUUGGCUCCCAGCAUCUGGGCAUAGCUGACAUCCCCGAAUGCGGCACGUACGACUUUCUCUGCAAGUCAGCGCGUCGCAUUGUCCUCGGUGCCGUCUAUGGCCACUGGGCGCAAGAGAACCUCAUUCAGGCCCAAUACUUUCGCGACCCCUCCCGCUACGCGGAGUACCUGGCCGCGAACCACUUUUUAGCUGACAUCAACAACGAGAUACCCGGCCAGCGGAACGCGACAUACAAGGAGAACCUGCAGACGCUGGAGAAUCUCGUGCUGAUUAUCUUCUCGGAGGACAAGACUGUUGUUCCCAAGGAGAGCGCUUGGUUCGGUUACGAAGAAAUCACAGACGAUAAAUCGGCUGCCCUCAUCAACGACUCCACGGGACAAGAGCAGUACCCCUUGGCCCUCUCCUCACCUGCAGAGAAGAUGAUCGUUCCCAUGCGCCAGCAGCCAAUAUAUAUCGAAGACUGGAUCGGGUUGAAGGAGCUUGAUGAGUCGGGGAGGAUUAUCUUCGGCGUGUGCGAUGGCGAGCAUAUGCAGCUGGGCGACUGUUGGAAGGACUAUGUGAAGAAGUAUGUCGGGUCGCUCGUGUAGUUUUGUCAUACGCAUGCACAACUUUGGCCAUAUACUUUUGUUCUGUAAUCUGCGCCGCUGGCGGCCUGGCGAACAGGUCUAUACCUCGUUCAUGUCAUGGAUACCACGUCCCCAUUUUGAGUGCUGACCACAGCGAUCGUAGGCAGCGGACCGAUGUACAUUGUCCUACAUUUGUCCUGCAUCCGGGGCGUAACGCAACUUGAACCGGC